UUACGGUGCUUGACAGGUGACUAUUCAGAUUAUGAAAAUGGCUUUACGGGCAAAGAGUCGCGCCCAGACAGGCCGGGAGAGACAUGCAUUCACUAUAAAUGUGAGACUGUAUACUGGAGAAAUAUUUCCCCUGAAAAAUAUGAGCGGUGACAUGAAAAUAUCAGACUUGAAGCAAUAUAUGGAAUUCGCAACAGGAAUACCAAUCCACAUGCAAAGGAUAAGCUAUCUAGAUGAUGGUGACCUUCUUGACAGAUCUGACAUACGAUCCAAUGACAUUGUUCCAAACGCAACCUUGAAUCUAAAUGUCUGGCCGAUGUGGAAGGAAUUAAUAGAUGCAGCAUCAUCAAAUGACGCAGAAUGGGUAUUCAGUUUAGGUGUCACAAAUCCAACAACAUAUAAAACUCCACAGAGUGACUACAUGACAAAACGAGCCAGAAAAAUCUGGUUAGAGGAGCGAGCCUUUCUUGCACUGUUCAUAGCAGCUCACAGGGGUCAUGACAAACUAGUUCAACAAUUAAUUGAUUGUGGUGCUGAUGUAAAUGCCUGUACACCUUUAGGCAGAACUGCCCUCCAUGUGGCUGCUGCUCAGGGCCGUGGACAUAUAGUUGAUGUGCUUCUUGAAAAGGGAGCCGAUAUAGAUGCUGAAGAUGAAGAUGGUGCGACUGCUUUAUCUAUAGCAGCAAAAUUUGGUCAUAAAAGUUGUGAACGACAUUUGUUCUUAUUUCGAUGGCAAGAACGUGCAAAACGAAUUCAGAAAAGUGAUGAUCCUGACAGAAUGGCUCAUCAGUAUUUUGACUCAGCUUUCCCUGUGUGGCUAAAGGGAGGACAGUGUCAACUCUACUACACCAAUAUUUUACCACCGGGUGAAUUUGAAGGCAGUGGUUUAUGUUCACCUCUAAAACGACCAGUCAGUUCCAAUCCAUUUAGACCUGGUUGCUAUAGAAAUGGUACAGAUGAUGACUUUGAAAUAGACAUUGAUGGAGACUAUGUUCAAAAGGGGGGGAUGAGGCUGCCUGCUAUACGUGAGGAAAGAGCAAAGAAGACAGGGAAGAAAAAAAUCACAUUUCGUGAAUGGCUUGGAAAAAAGACAGCAGUAGAACAGAAGGUGAUAGAUGCCAGGAAAAAAGAAGAGGAUAAGAAGAGAUUAGAGGAAGAAGACCAAAGCCGUUUUGAAAAAGAUUUCGAGAAGCGGAUGGAGGCUGAGAAGAGUCAGUCCUAUGAAACGUGGUUAGCACAGCGAGAGAAAGAAAAAAACACAUCAGAUAGCUUACCGCCUCGCCCAAACAAAGACCCUGCACCACCGGUACACGUUGACAAAGGUCCCGGCUACCUUCGGUCGUAUCUGCGGUCUCUUGGAAAAACAAAGACUGGUGACACGUACGAAGACUGGCUUAACCUCAAAGAGAAUGAACUAGGACUGGGGAAAAGUACUGGCAGACCUAACUCAAAAAUGCCGGUCUCGACAUAUUAGACCGAAAAAUAGCAGGGGUGCUCGUUUUUACUAACCGCACAAAAAUCUUGUGUAGGAUUAAUGAAUAGAAAGCGUCGACUCAAACUCCUACCACAUAUUUAAUUGCGUCGUAGAAUUUACACCAGGG